AAGAUAAUCUUAAAUAUAAGAUCGAACUAUGAAUACCGGCCAUAUUUUCUUGUUCUAUUUCUCGGAUUCCGGUGAAAAAAGAGAAAGAAGUAAAAACGUUACAAAGCAUUUGUAGUGCUUACUGGACCGUACCCUGAGUACAGGCCUGCAUCAAAAAGAGAGAGAGAAGCUCAAUCGUCGUGACGUUGAGAUGUGUUUGAACACGUUCGGACCGUGAUUUUUUUGGAACGUGCCUCGGCGUUUCUUCCGAGGAUUCCCCUCAUAUUAUCUUGUAAUUAAUGAAAGAGCCGCCGAAAUAGGCCUGCAACCAGAGAGAGAAAGAGAGAGAAAGAGAGAGAGCGAGAGAGUUGUAAAAAAGCAGACCAAAUAUUUUAGGUUAGGUUACGUUGCAAGAAGUUUAGUAUUUAUUUAAAGUGAAUACAAGUUGAUUGUUGAAGAUUUAAUAAUUGACUACACACGUUGCGGCAUGGCUGGAAAACAAGGGAAGGAUUUAGCAUUGUCAAUGCUACGAGUCUUACCUAGGGUGACGUUAAUGAACAUCAGAGAUAAUCCCGGCCGAAAGGAGAGAAAACGUGGCAGAGGACAACAUGGUGGUAAUAAACAUGGUUGUGGAAACAAGAGGAUGACUUUCAUACGUUUGGGUUACGAGACUGGAAAUGCCCCUUUCUAUUUAAGAUUUGGCAAAGAACCUUACUACAAGGGCCAUCACUUGAGGCGAGAAUAUCCACCACUUUCUUUGGGAAAUCUGCAAUUAUACAUUGAUACAAAUCGGCUGGAUCCUACUAAACCAAUUGAUCUUGUUUCUGUGAUAAACACUGGCCUGUAUGAUCUUAAUAUAAAUUGGAAACACUCAGGCAUUCACUUAACAGAUGAGGGUGUACAUAAUUUCAAAGCAAAAGUAAAUAUAGAGGUACAGUGGGCUAGUGAGCCUGUAAUCGCAGCAAUUGAGAGAAAUGGUGGUGUGAUUACAACUGCUUAUUAUGAUAUGCAUUGCCUUCAUGCCAUAAAGAAUACAGAGAAGUUUUUCAGCAAAGGUGAGCCAAUACCUCGUAGAUUUUUGCCACCGACAGACUGUCUUGAAUAUUAUUCCAGUCCUGCUACAAGAGGAUACUUAGCGGAUCCUGAGAAAGUCUCUCAAGAACGUCUGGUGCUUGCGCAAAAAUACGGCUAUGAAUUAACAAAAAUCGAGGACGAUCCCGAUUACGAGAUGUUGUGCGAACGCAAAGAUCCGCGGCAAUUGUUUUAUGGUUUGGAACCAGGAUGGGUAGUUAGCCUUAGAGAUAAAGCUAUAUUGAAACCUAAAGCUGAAUAUCUGAAAGAAUUUUAUGCGAGUUAAAACAUUUUGUACAGUUAAACAUAAUGCAUGUAAUUAGAUUAGACCUAAUAAAUGAUGCUUAUAUCACAGUG